CGCUCCAUGUCAUCGAGUCAUCGAGUAACGACGACCGGUGAGACCCGGCUUGAUGAUAGUAGUAGGAAUAAGUAGCGAUAAGUUGUUAAGGUUGUGGAUGUAUCUAUGGGAUCUGAUGGGAUGUUCAGUCGUUCAACGCGUCGUUUUCCGCCAAACCCACACCGCCUCAAUACUAUGGGGUUACUCAGCCAGCGGCCCAUAACAACGUCCACGCCCUCAACUCCAACUUCAACCUUGUCAACCUUAUCAACCCAAAGAGUCCGAGUCCCAGUCCCCACGUCCGACACCUGACCUUCAACGUCGCAUCUCGUUGCAGUUCACAUCUCCCGUCGUCGCCGAAGCCCAGCAAUAUAGGGACUCCUCUCACACCAUUCAAGUUAUCUGUUCAAAACCCUUAGAAAUAAACAGCCAGACGCGGAAGCGUGAGAAAAACCGAACGCCACAAUCACCUUCCCACCGCCAUGCACUUCGUCGCAACGACCGCCUUGGCAGCAGCAUGCCUCACCGCCGGUGUCGCUGCCCAAGCGCAGCUAGCUCCGCUUGAACCGUCAAGGGGAAUCAUGUUGGGCGCUUGGAUGGACACGGCGCCUGGAAUGGAUACGCCAAAGGACUUCAAUACCCGGUUUGGCCACAAUAUUUCGAUGAUCCACCUGGCGCAGAACCUCCCCAUCGAGCAGGACAAACUCGCCCCUGUGCAGCUCAUCGACCAAACAGGCACCAACGCGAUCCUCUAUUUAUCCGUCUACCCCACCGUCACACCCGACAACCUGUCGGACAAGGCCAUCAAUGACUUUGUUCAGCAGCUGGCAACCUUCACCCACAACGGCCGCGGUAUCCUGCUGCGUAUCGCACCCGAGAUGAACGGCAACUGGCAGCCGUACGGCCAAAAACCCGUCGCGUUCGUCGCAAUGUGGAGGAAACUAGUCACCGCCAUCCGAGCCGUCGACACAAACAAGAACGGAGUUUCCUUCAUCUGGGCUCCCAACAUCCAAGGUGGAUACCCAUACGGCAGAGUCGCCGGUGCUGCCACCGACCCCGAGUUUGCAGCGAUGGAUACCAACAAGGAUGGCACGAUCACCGUCGAGGACGACGGGUACACGCCCUUCUACCCUGGCGAUGAAUACGUCGACUGGGUCGGACUGUCGACCUACUGGUUCGGUCCUGGUUUCCCAUACGUCAUCAACGACAUCCCCCCGCCUGGGUUCAUGGAGAGGGUGAUCCACGGCGUGUCAGCAGGAGGCAAUGGUUUGGAUUUCUACCAGGCGUUUUCCCAGUCGCGCAACAAGCCGUUCUUCAUCACCGAGUCGGGAUCUGCGUUCCAUCUGAACAGGAUCACGAGUGUUGCGAACCCUACCAACACUGGCUCGAUCGCACCUGGCCCUGGAGAGCUCGCCAUCAAGCAGGCGUUCUGGAGACAGUACCUAACAAACACAACCUUCUUGGACAAACACCCCCUUCUCAAAGCGGUCUCCCUCUUCGAAUGGCUCAAACCCGAAGAAACAACCAUGCGCGAGUUCCACAUCUCCAAGGACCCGGCAAUUCUCGCCGCCCUCAAAGCCGACCUCGAGAAACCGGAAGUCCUGGCCCGAUAUUUCUUCGCUAACGCCGCCCAGAUUGUCACUGACCCGACUGCGCCGGUUGUGCCCAUUGCGAGUAACGGGAGUGUGGCGAGUGGAGGCGCGGGAAAUGCGCCGCCGGCGGGGAAUGCGGGGAGUGGAGGCUCGAACAGCGCUGCGGGUGUUGUGGAACGGAGCGCUUUGGUGGGGCUUGUAGCUGCCAUUGCUGCUGUCGUUCUCGCUUUCUAGGCCUUUUUGGAACUCGAAAACUCACCUCCUCAUUUCGUUUUGGACUCGACGCUACGUGCGGCGUUUCCACCCUUUAAUGUCACCCCAUCGGCGGAAACAGAAGGCGUAACUGUACCUACCCUUACCCCUUACCUCUCGCUUUCGACCGAUGGGGCUUCUUCAUAUCUUACCUGUUUUCUUAGUUCGUCGUACGGCGUGUGUAUAGAAGACGUUGUUGCUUUUUGUGUAGACGUGUGUUCUGCUUGUAGAAUAAUAUGAUUUUGUCU